CAUAGAGGAAACAGUUGCAUUUUUUAAAACUGAAAAUCCUCACAGCAAGGGAAGAGAUAGUGAAAGCAUUUGAGGGGUGUUUGCAUGGAGAAAAAGAGAAAGAAAGGUGAAUUCUGUCCCAUUUCCACUACAAGAUAUUCCAGGGUCUGGUGUAGGAUGGCAGGUUUGCUGUUAGCGACAGGUCCAGCUGGCAAAACAGAUUAAGAGGAAGGAGGUCAGGAAGAAGUGAUGGGAUUGGAAUGAAUGGGUAUUUCCCACCACUGUGUUGCGGGUUGUGCAAUAACAGCGCACUGCCACAAAAGCAGAACUCCCAGGCUUUGAACAGCUUUGAGCAGCUACACUGUCAAGCUAAAACCGAACAGCAAACCUUCUCCCGUUCAUCUCUUACACUCUGAUGCAUUUAUGUAUUUGCAUGUAUGAGAGAGAUUGUUUGACAGUAUUAGGCAGUAUGAACUGAUCAAGUGUAUUCAUCAAGUACUGUAUUAGGCUCAAUGAAAUCAUCUCUGGACUUCAAAACCUGUCGACAUGUGCCUGGAACUGGAACACAUGGAAUUACUUCAUGACAAUCCUCAUUCAUUUUGCAAGACAGAGAAUGAUUCUUGUAUGACAAAGCCAACAGUAUAUGAAAUGUAGGUGGAAGACACACAGAGCUUCUAUCUCAUCAUGCCUCAUAUUGAUCUGGUUUCCAUGAAGCUCUGCAUGCUACUAGCCCUGUUCACAUGGUCACACUGGGGUGCUGAUACUUUUGGACUCAGUCGCUGUAUCCUUUCCCCAAAAAGAGUGGGCCUUGCUCUCUGUACUGGCCGGGCCAUAGCCAACCUGAGUUCUGCCAUUUCUCUUCUACCCAACUCCACUGUUUGGCUCAAUGCUUCCCACAACAUUGUGGAGGAUCUCACCUCUUUGACCUUCCUCCAUCUUCCUUACCUACUGGAAAUUUAUCUUGACCACAACCUCAUAUCUGACAUUGAAUCAAAUACUUUCCAAAGCUUGGGGGACCUGGAAGUGCUUGAUUUGAGUUGGAAUCAGUUGGCAUCUGUGGGCCCCUCUGUGUUGACCAACCUGAGGAAUCUGCGUGUGCUGCAUUUGGGUCAUAACAGAAUCACCACACUGCACCCCAAUGCCCUCAUGUUCCAGAUGUCUCUCCAGGAACUUCAUCUCCACUCCAACAAUCUCUCCAGUCUGCAAGAAGUGGCAACAGCUGUCAAAGGCUUACUGAACCUCACUUUCCUGGAUCUAGAUUCAAAUCAAAUCUCCACCCCAUGUAUGGACCCUGGCUGGGUCACUUUGCCUGUCCUGAAAAACCUCAGCUUAAAUAGCAAUGGCAUUUCCAGGCUGGACUUAUCCAACUGCUCCUUUCCUAAUCUUUUGCAAUUAAAUUUAACCUGUAACAACAUAUCAACAGUGAAAGCUGGGUCCUUUCGCGCCACACCUUCUUUGGUGGAGUUAUCCUUGGACGUGAAUCCUUUACAUAUGUCCCAGCUUAUAAAUGCUUCUCUUCCUAAUCUGACCAUGUUACACCUGUCCAGUAUGAAUCCAUCAUUACAUGACAACAUUCCAGCACUUUGCUCUGUCUUACAAAGCCUGCCAUUUUUGACCUCUUUGGACAUCAAGCAUUCCAAGAUUAAUGAUUUUCAACUAAGCCAGUUGGGUUCCUGCUCUAACCUCACAUGGCUAGAUUUGUCUACCACAGAGUACAAACACCUGAAAAAUGGAACUUUCAGCAGGUUUGAGAACUUAGAAUUCCUCUCUCUGGAUAAGUGCAAAAUUCUAACACUCAUUCCUAGUGUCUGGGCUAAGAAGAUGCGAUUACGUACACUAAUCCUGAAAAGAAAUUCUAUCACCGAGUUGCCACAUGAUGUCUUCCGUCCGUUGCCAAACUUGAGCUAUCUGGAUCUUUCAAAGAACCACUUGACCAAUCUCCAGCAAGGGUCUUUUUUUGGUAUGUCAGCACUGCGGACACUCAUCAUGCAGGGCUGCCAGGUUACGGCUGUUACCCGUGACACUUUCCAUUAUGCUAGAAAAAUGGAGUUCUUGGACUUGAGCGAUAACAGUAUAAGAUUAUUGAAAGAUCGCGCCUUUCUGCUCAAUCACGUAAAGACUGUUCUGCUUUCAAGAAACAGAAUUCUCACAAUUAAAAGAAAGGCAUUUCUUGGUCUCACAUCCCUGAGGUACCUCUCCUUGGAUCAUAACGAGCUUUACAAGCUGUCUCUGAAAGUCUUUGCACCCCUUAAAAAACUGGAAACCUUAGACCUCAGUCACAACCGCCUCUUUACCUACAAUCGGUUUGAUUAUCCAAGCCCAUUUGUAGGCCUCUAUUCACUUCGUGAGCUGGAUCUUAGUUUUCAGAUCCCUAGAUCACCCAUCUGCCCCCCAGAAAAACUCUUUGGAGGGCUGGAUCAUCUACAAUACCUCUCCCUAAAGGGCAACCCCAGGAUCUUAUUCCUUAACCUUUCGUUCAUCAACCUAACUAGUUUAGACACUCUGGACCUCUCAGAAAUUGAGCCAGAUAGGAAUGGCUCCUGGAAACUCUGUCCAAAUAUCUUCCAAGGUCUCAGUAACCUACAUCAACUUUACCUAGAAGACAGUUCCCUCACAGAUCUGCCUGAACAGGUCUUUUCUGGUUUGACAUCAUUGGAACAGCUGUCCCUGAGCAAAAAUGACCUUAGGAACAUCAGCAAAAAUGUACUUGGUGGACUCUCCUCCCUAAAGUAUCUGGAUCUCUCUGGAAACCCCCUGACAUGCUCUUGUGUGAAUGCAUGGUUUCAAAACUGGUCUGUAUCUGAUCCAAAUGUCCAGAUACCAUUAUUGGAUUCCUACCAUUGCUUUGGGCCUGGAGCGACUGAUCGUCUGUUUGUUGAUGAAGACAUGACUUACUGCUUUGUGAACCUGGGAAUAUACUUCUUUAUUGCCACCACUGUGGUUAUUCUCUUGUUCCAGCUUAUAACUUUGAUCAGUGCCAAAUUUGGUUGGACUCUCAGGCAUGCUUAUUACCUGUUGAGGGGCUGGGGCCAAAGGCAGCUGCGUCCAAAAGGACAGGAUUACCAGUAUGAUGCCUACAUUUCUUGUUGUGGCCAGGAUUAUGAAUGGGUGGCAAAGAAUGUUCUCGUAAAGCUGGAACAGGAAGGAGAACCCUGCUUCCGGCUCUGUUUUGGGCCUAGAGAUUUUGCUCCUGGGGAAUAUUACAUAGAAAACGUGCAGAAUGGAGUAAGUCGAAGCCGCAAGACCUUGUGCAUAGUGAAUAAGAAUUACCUUGAAAGUGAAUGGUGUUCACUAGAGAUCCAGCUGGCUUGUUCCAAGAUCUACUACCAUGGGCAGGACCCUCUGGUUGUGGUGUUUAUGGAGGAAAUCCCAAAUUACAGAUUGUCUCCUUACCAUCGCUUGAGGAAAUUAAUUAAACAAGAAAGCUACCUCACUUGGCCUGAAGACCCCGAGGCUGAAAAUGUGUUCUGGACCAGACUGCGUGAAGCCUUGGACUACGGAGAGCAAGAACGAGAGGUCAUGAAGUUCAAUGUCAUUGAGUAGCUGGUGGCUGAGAAGAAAACAUCAUGGUUUGACUUACUGAUAUCAGUUGGACUUCUGUACAAUGACAAUAAGCAAUAUACUGCUUAAUGCUGCCAACAAUUACUGCAUACUUUUGGGUAUCAUAUUUUUCAAGUCUAAAUGCUUCAUUUUUUAAAAACUAUUGUUGCAUAAAUGGCUUUCUAGUGUCAUAAUUUAUGGUUUGUUGUUUUUUGUGUGCCUUCAAGUUAUUUCCAACUUAUGACAACCCUAAGGCUACUAACCUAUCAUAGGUGUUCUUGGCAACAUUUUGCCAAGGGUUGGCCCUGCUUUCCUCUGAGGCUGAAAAAAUGUGACUUGCCCAUGGUCACCCAGUGGGGUUUGAUGGCUGAGCAAGGAUUUGAACUCUAGUCUCCAGAGUUACAGUCCAACACUCAAAUCACUAUAUUAUGUUGGCUCUCUGGUUUAUUGUUGGACACACAUUUUUCUCAGAGGGUGGUCAAAAUAUUCAGAAGAAAACAAAGUGCUAAACUAUUUAAUAUAGUGCUGUUUAACAGGAUUGUGGUAAAAGUUAAAAACAAGAAUUGUGAUUUUAAAUUAAAAAAAACCUUUCUAUUAAUCAAGAUUAUUUCUGAAUGUAGAUGAUAAACCUACAAUAGAGGAGGGCCUGAAUUAUUUCUAAUCUACCUAAAGUAGGAUCCCUUGAAUCAAUGGCAUUUACCUAUGUGUUGAUUUACCAUUCAACAAUUCAUUGAAUGGGUCUACUCUAGUUGAGACUAACCUUCAGGACUCCAGCCAAGGUUUAUUGCUUUUAAUAUAAUCACUUGCAUGGUACCUUGAACUAAUAAUAAUAAUAAUAAUAAUAACAACAACAAUAAUAAAUAACAAUAAUAGCUCAAAGGUCUGAAAAUCACAUUUAGGUUUCUGUCAAACUUGUCCAUUUUUCUAGUUUUAAAAGAUAUCCAUGUGUGUUAAUGUAGUCGGUUACUAAUGACAAUGCAUUUGAUUCUAAAGGAGGACCUGUGUUUAAUCUGGAUUUUAGGUCAGAUCCAGUCACAGUUACCUUACUUAAAUCCCACUGAAAUCAAUAUGAAAAUUACUAUCAAUUAGUAAUCAUGUAACUAUAUCCCUUUCAUUUCCACUGAGAUCUAUCUCAUGGUGUGGCCUUAUCAGCAUAGUUUGUUAGGAUGCUUCUUUCCAAACCAUCUGAACACAACAGAUGGAUCUAACACUAUCACUCUCCCUACUUUCCUUUGAAUGUGUUUUAAAAAUCGUUUUGCCUGAUGAUGAAAGUUUUGCUGUAAAAAAAUGCAGAGAUUUUUGUGCUUUAAUUUUUUUUGGUUGGCCUAAUAAAGAUAUUACCACAGCA